UAUACCCCAUCGUUCGCCCCCAAGAGAGAGGUCUCCACUCUCACCGCCGCCACACAGUACACUCCCACCAAAAUGGGUCGUGUCAUCCGAGCUCAACGUAAGGGUCCGGGUUCCGUUUUCAAGGCCCACACCCACCACCGCAAGGGUCCCGCCCGUUUCCGUAGCCUUGACUUCGGUGAACGGAACGGCUACCUCAAAGGUGUCGUAACCGAAGUCAUCCACGACCCGGGCCGUGGCGCUCCCUUGGCUCGCGUCGUCUUCCGUCAUCCCUUCCGUUACAAGAAGCAGAAGGAACUAUUCGUUGCCGCCGAGGGGAUGUACACCGGACAGUUUUUGUACUGUGGUAAGAAGGCUACUCUUGUUGUCGGAAAUGUGUUGCCCCUUAGAUCUGUCCCUGAAGGAGCUGUCGUUUGCAACGUCGAGCAUCAUGUCGGUGAUCGUGGGGUUUUCGCUAGGGCUUCUGGUGAUUAUGCUAUUGUUAUUAGCCACAAUCCUGACAACGAUACCACCAGGAUCAAGCUCCCAUCAGGUGCCAAGAAGAUUGUUCCAAGUGGUUGUCGAGCCAUGAUUGGCCAGGUUGCAGGUGGUGGUAGGACCGAGAAACCUCUUCUUAAAGCUGGUAAUGCUUACCAUAAGUAUAGAGUUAAGAGGAACUGCUGGCCUAAGGUGCGUGGUGUGGCUAUGAACCCAGUCGAGCAUCCCCAUGGAGGUGGUAACCAUCAACACAUUGGCCAUGCUAGUACCGUUAGGCGUGAUGCUCCUCCCGGACAGAAGGUUGGUCUUAUUGCUGCUAGGAGGACUGGUAGGCUCAGAGGACAAGCAGCUGCUACUGCUGCCAAGGCCGAUAAGGCUUAAGCCUUGUGACAUUUCUUGUGUUUUAGUAUUUUCGGCUCUUAUUGUAUUCAAGUGUAUUAAGCACAUUUAUGCUGGAAAAUUUUGUUUGCAUUUUCAGAAGUAUUGUUUGGAGUUGUUCUUUUGGGAUGAAUAUGUUCUCAAUUGGGAUUUUUA